AUGUUGUCGUCCAAGAAUUCUGCAUUGGAGAGCAAAGACAAUGAAAUCUUUGAGGUCGAAGAAUCCAUUGCCAUUCAAUCUGAGCUCAUCAAAACCAUGGCGACCAUGGUGAACAGCAAGGCCUACGUUAACGAACGUAAUCAAAUGGGAUGCUGGAAACAAGCCAAUUAUCACGUCGAGCAAAACAACAAAAUUGUUGAUGAAGAACUAAGCGAUUGGGAAUCAAAAUUCUUUGAGGUUGAUAUGGAUGAUCUUCACGAGCUUUUCAUGGCAGCCAAUUACCUGGAAAUUGAAAGCUUGUUGAAUGGAGUGGCGAAACGAGUUGCGGACAUUAUCAAAGCUUGCAUGAAUGUUGAGGUAAUUCGUCAGACUUUUGGAAUUAACAACGAUUUUGCUGCUCAACAAGAAGAGGAAAUUCGUAAGCUUAAUUCUUGGAACCAUAUUUGA